GUUUAAAUUGGUAGACAUAGGACAAGUCAUUUGUAACUAACUUUAGUUUUGUAGAACAAACUCUAAUCAAAAUAAGUUGUGUUUUUUUUAGUUGCAAGUUUCUUUUAAUUGUUCUUCAUGUUUGUUUCUUGUUUUUAUUUCAAUUUAUUGAAGUUUUAGAUCAACAAUUGCAGGGCAUAUCAGAGGCGGAUUCAGAAUUUUGAGUUAUGAGUUAUUGAUUAGAAUAAGUAGCUUAUUGAGUUCUGGAUAAAUUAUUUAUACAUAUUAACUAGAUUUCUUAACACAUAUAUAGAGUUUUGGUUGAAGUUACUGAGUUCUGUUGAACACGUAACAGAUACUUAUGGAGUCACAAAGGGGUACUAUGAUUGAACAAUCAUUUGAUUGUUACUCAGCAGGUUUUCAAGAAUCUCUUGAUGAAUUGCCUGAUUGUUUCACUAUAACUGAUCCUUACAUUUCUGGUAACCCUAUUGUGUAUGCCUCGCGUGGUUUCUUGGAAAUGUUUGGAUAUUCGAAGUAUGAGGUGAUAGGGAGGAAUGGGAGGAUAUUUCAGGGGCCUAAGACUAAUCGUAGAUCGGUUUUGGAGGUUCGUGAGGCGAUACGAGAGGAGAGGGAUAUACAAAUUAGUUUGUUGAAUUAUAGGAAAGAUGGGACACCAUUUUGGAUGUUGUUUCAUAUGUGUCCUGUUUUCGAUGAGAAGGAUGGGAGGGUGAUUCAUUUCUUGGGAGUUCAAGUUCCAAUUUUGAGGAGGCCUAAGUCAUCUGGAACUGGACUAAAUUUAUGUCAAAAUGGAGCUGGCUGUCGAGAGUCAGUGCUUAGGUGUUAUAGAAGGGAAGUACACUCCAUGAGCGUGGAACGGGCACUGUCUCUUGCAUCGGGUUCAGGCUUGGAUUUCACAGGAGUAGAUGUAGAUGGACCAUGUGAUGCAAGUGAUCUAGAGAAGAGAAAAUCCACUGCUGUUAUAGACAACAUACUGACUGUGCUGGUACAUGAUGGUGAAUCAACAGGCAGACUAGUCCAUGGGAAGGGACGUUCUCAACCUAGGACGGGUCAGCUCGGAGCAUCCUUAAAUAUAUCUCUUGGUAGAAUCAAACAAAGCUUUGCAUUAACUGAUGCUAACUUACCGGACAUGCCAAUUGUCUUUGCAAGUGAUAACUUUCUGAAAUUAACAGGCUUUUCCAGAAAUGAAUUGUUGGGCUAUAACUGUAGAUCUUUUAGUGGGACGGACACAGAUUCAAGCUCUCAAUUUCGGAUAAAAGAAUGCAUCCAAAAUGAACAACCGUGUACACUACGUAUGUUAAAUUACAGAAAAGACGGAACCUCAUUUUGGCUUCACAUUUCACCUGUCCGGAAUGCUUCAGGAAAGGUUGCAUACUUUGUCGCUGUUGAGGGUGAAGAUAAUAGCGAGACCAAGGAGAAUCAGAGUUUGAGACAGCGUGGUGUCGUUGCUGCUGUAAAAGUUGCUGUGAGAGGCUUGUCAAUGAGUGUGAGAACAUGCUAGUUCUUGUACAAAUUGAUUCCAGAUUUCUUCUGUGCUGUUAGUCUCCACUCGCCACAAAGUCUCUCCUUUACAAAUGUUACUAC